CCCAAGCAAGGCGUCACCUCACAUCCUCAAGGAGUCCAAGACACGCAAAAGGCCGGCGAUGUUGCUUUCUGUCAUCCACCUCGCGAUCGGCGCCCCCGUCCCGCCGGCUGCCGUCGUGCCGCCCGCCGCCGCCGACCCUCCGGCCGAGAAGAGGAUGUUCUCUCCUGCCGAAUGCUUCGGCGACCAGGCCGGCUGCAGCAAGCGGCUGGAGGAGCACCCGGCCGACCUCGUGGGCGGGCACACAAACGCCGUGAUUCUCGCGUCGGUGGCUGGAGCCGUUGCCGGCGGCGGUCCCAUCACGGCUGGUGCGGCGGGUCUCCUUGCCAACACCGUCUUGGCCAACGACGAGGACCCGACGCCUGCGGCUCAGGAGGUGCUGGCCAAGACCGAGCCGUGGCAAUAUGAGCGGCCUGGCCAAGACCAGCCGUGGCACGAGUACGAGCAGCCGCCGGAAAAGUUCCUUGACUUUGGCUUCACCAUGGCAAAGACGAACGUCGAGACCAACGUCCCUGUAACGGUCGGCGUGGGCGACAAAGCUGCGGCCGGCGCCUUCGCGCUGGCCAAAGGCGUCGGCUCCGAGAACUCCUACGGGUCGUACAGCACCUACUACGAUGCCAAUGGCGAGCCCGCGCCGACGCCGCUGAACGCCGGAGGCGGCGCCGCGGCAGCGUCAGAGCCUGCGGCGGCGGCAGCCGGCAGCUCCAUGAACAUGGGUGGCGCUCGCUUGGGCUUUGCCGACGACGUGGGCUUUGCUGAAAGGGCGGUGCCGGUGGAGACGCCGCCGGCGGAGAAGCGGCUGGGCGAUGGCCAGCUGCUGAUGGCCGGGCUGAACUACAUGAGCGGCGACGAAGAGGCCGCCAAGCAAAUCGUCGCGGGCAAGGUCGGAGAGGUUGCGGCGGUCAACCCGCUCCUGAGCGGGCUCAGCGGCGCGGUCGGCGGCGCCGGCGCCGCGGCGCCGCCGCAGCAACAGGGCGGCGGCGGCGGCUACGGCGGGGGAGGCGGAGGCUGGGGCAACGCGGACGCCGACGGAGACGGUGUGCCCAACUACGCUGAUGCGCAGCCUUACGGCCCCCCCCUUGCCAAGGGAUACGGCGGUCAGAGGUAUGGCCGGCCUGGCUACGCGGGGCCUGCCCAGGGCUGGGGCGGCCCCGGCGGGCCUCCCGGCACGGGCCACAGCGGGCCCGGUGGCGGCGCCGGCUGGUCUGGUCCACGCCGCCCUGGCAGCCGGCCCGGCGGCGCGGCUCCGGUCGGCUUUGCUGAUGACGCGCCCGGCCGCACCGGCUUCGCCGACGACGAGCCCGGCCGGGGCGCCGCUGGCGGCGCCCCCGUCACCGGCGAUGAGUACAGCGAUGCGAUGCUCGGACACGUCGCGCACGGCGACUUGGGCGGCAUCAUCAGCACUGCGGCCGAUCAGGCCAAGACGGACCCGGCCGGCAUCCAGGCCUCGCAGCGGCUUGACGACAAGCUGUCCAAGUACGACUGGACGGGCGUCGGGCACGCGUCGACGCAGGGUUACAUUGGCGCCGCGCAGAUGGCACAGGGCGUCUUUGGGCGCGCAUGAACCAGGCCUCGUGGGCAUGCGGCAAGUGAAGGACGUGAGCUCCCACACCCUGCUAUAAUGUGUACAAUAUUCGCUGACAUCCUGACAUGAAAGAUGAAUCGCGGAGCGUGCAGUAAGUGAGACUCACACACCGCACUGUGUCACACAGCAGUCGAGUGUGGCCCUCUCGUUCUCGCUGGAGAGUUUAUUGUGCGUUCAUCUUUAUGACAAUGUAAAAGUACAAAGAAG